AUGGCUUCUUUGAAGGAUUUGACCAUGAACUUUGUGAAGUUGGAGAAGUUUGAAGGCGAAAACUUUCUAAGAUGGCAAAAGAAGAUGAAAUUUCUCCUCAUUACAUUGAAGGUGGCAUAUGUCCUCACUACUUCCAAACCCAAAGAAAUAGAAGGAGAGACCGUUGCGGAAAUUAGAGAAAGACAAAAGUGGGAAAAUGAUGAUUUCAUUUGCAUUGGACAUAUUCUCAAUGGGCUUAGUAAUGCACUUUUUGAUGUUUAUCAAGACUCAAUCUCGGCAAAAGAACUUUGGGAGAAACUAGAAGCAAGGUACAUGCAAGAGGAUGCAACAAGUAAGAAAUUUCUUCAACAUAACAUGCAUAUGGAUGAGUCUAUAAUUGUCUCCUCAAUCAUAGACAAGCUUCCUCCAUCAUGGAAAGAUUUCAAAACGAAUCUCAAGCAUAAAAAGGAAGAUAUAACUCUUGAGCAAUUAGGAAAUCAUCUUCGCUUGAAAGAAGAGUAUAGAAAACAAGAUGAUACAAAAGAUAUCAAGGCUCAUGAGAAAAUACAUUCUCACUUCGUGAUAGGCACCUGUCUUCCUAUCUCUCUUAAUGAAGGUGAUGUUCAAAGUUUCAAGGCCAAGUAUUCGAUUCCUUCCGAUUGGAGAAUUAGUCUUCCUGGUGAACCUAGUUGUCCUUUUUGUUUUGCCCCUGGUAUGUCCUUUGCCAUUCAUGAGGCGUUGCUUGAUAUGGGCAUUCGCUUUCCUAUGUCUUCCUUUAUCAUGGAAUUCUUGAAGCUUAACAAGCUAUCUCCUGCUCAGCUUCAUCCAAAUUCUUGGAGGUUUCUUAUAGGCUUUCAUAUCUUUUGCUUUAUAAGUGGGCUUAGGGUCUCAGUCGACCUAUUUCAUGUCUUUUUUGAGCUUCAACCUUAUAAAGAUAAGUCUGGUCAUCAUGUCCUUCAUGGGACUUCUUCUUUCCUUAUUGAUUAUCUCCUUCAUAUAAAGAAUUAUGAAGACAGAUGGGUUCUUGUUUACCCCCCAAAAGGUUCUUGGAAAGGUCCUUACCAAUGGUGUUGGAACAGAAAGGGGGUAUCAAGAAAACCUUACGCCCCACUCAGAGAGAAAUUUGCUCCUGAGAUUCAUGUCAUUGAGCGUUCCUGCCAUAAUAUUAGUACACUUAUGACCCCUUCUAACUUAAGGGCAGCAGGGUGGGGCGUUCUUGCACCUUCUCCUUCGUUUUCCUCUUAUUCUUCUUCCUAUCUUUCAUCCUCUCAUGCUGAUGAUACAGGCAAAGAGACCAAUUCGAGCUAUGAUAUGGUAUCCAAAAACUCUGCAUUUGCUACUCUCCAAACGGGUCAACGAAAGCGUGCUCAAGACAAUGAGACCUCGAAACUUUCUCAACCCGGAUCUUCUCAGAUUCUUACGUUAGGUGCAUCUUCUCCUCCCAAAAGAUUUAAGUCUCCUACGUCCAAAGGUGCUAACCUUGUCAAUUCUGAAGUUGUUAAGGCUUCCUCUAGGGGCUCUGACCCUAAUCCUGAUGCUUCCCAAGAUGAGGAAUGCUAUUUUGCCGAUAUGCUGGAGAAUAUAGAUGUUGCUGAACGUCUUUUGGUUGAGGCUGCUCAACGUUCUUCUUUGGCGUUUGGGUUGAUGAGAUCCUUGAAUCAGCACGUAGAAGAUUCAAAUAUUCAUCAGAAGAAGUUGCAUUUGACUAUUGAGGACCUUCGAAAACACAACAAGGAGAUUACCACCCACCUUCAAACUUCAGAAGCGGAACUUGCUAGUUUGAGAGGGUAUGCAUCCAAAUGUUCCACCUUGAAUGAUGAGAACAAGAGACUCGGAGAUAAGGUUUCAUCUUUAUGUUCGACUAUCACUUCUCUUGAGAAAGAUUUAGCUUCUGAACGACAAGCUACUUCUGCAUUGAAGGAUGAGAUAUUUUCUCUUUAUCAGGCGUUCGACGCUGAGCGACAAUCUAUCCGUGCUACUGCUGUCCGAGAAUAUCGUGAGUCUUUAAAUUGUUAUCAAAGGAAAUGUGCAGUCGGUGUUACCUUCAGCAAGACUGGCUUUUAUCUUGCUCAAGAGUUUCUUGAGAAGGAACAUGGCCGUGCUUACCCUGAGUUAGUCUUUUCAAAGACUAGCUCCAUUGUUGAGCCUUUACCUUGGAGGAGCUUUGAUCCCACUGAGGAAGAUGUUACUAUCUCUUUAAACUCCGGCCUUCACGAUGACUUAGACGAUCUUAUUGGCCCUUGGGAGUUUUUUGGGAAGAAUGGCGUCUCCUCUGAAAGUCAUGAUGAUGAGAUCUCAGCUUUGCAGUGUUUGAAUGAGGAGCAAAUUUUUAAUGAGAUGCCUUCCCCUGAACCACCUUACACUGGUUUAUCCACCUUUCCUUCCCUCCUCAAUAAGACUGCACUUAAAGCCAUCUUGCUAACUCCCAAAUAUACAAAUAAUAGCUCUUUAGGCUCAGGUCUAGUUAAAAGAGGUAUCUGCUUCAGAUAUUCUUUUAGCUCUUCAAAAGCCUUGUCACAUUCUGAAGUCCAUUUAAAAUUCUUCCCACCUCUUAAUGUCUUAAAGAAGGGAAGGCUCCUUUCUGCUGACUUGGAAAGGAACCUAUUUAGGGCGGCUAUUCUUCCAGUUAAAUGUUGCACCUCUUUCAUAGAUGAUGCAGAUCUCAUCUCAAUCCACAUCAAGUAUAAUGGAGAGUUACGUGCACAAGAUGGCCACAACAACAAGAAAAAGAAAGGAAGUUGUUUCUUCUGUAAGAAGGUUGGCCAUUACAAGAAAGAGUGUCACUUUUACAAAAAGAUGCAAGAGAAGAAUUCCCCCUCAAAGGACAAUCUUGUGGCCGUGAUAUCUGAAAUCAACAUGGUUGAAGAUAAUGAAUCAUGGUCGGUUGAUUCUGGUGCAACUCAUCAUGUGUGCAAAAAUAAAGAUCUCUUCAAGACACUCAAGGAAGAAGAUGAAAAUGUGCUCUACAUGGGAAAUGCUUCAAGUGUCCAAGUCAAGAGCAAAGGGAUAGUUGAAAUUGAGUUUACUUCUGGAAUGGUUCUUACUUUGAAAGAUGUGUAUUAUGUGCCAGAAGUUAGGAAGAAUUUAAUUUCUGUUUUUUUACUUAAUAAGUUUAGGUUUAAUUCUGUCUUUGAGGGAGAUAAGUUUAUUCUCUCUAAGGGUGGGAUUCUUGUGGGCAAAGGUUAUUGUUGUGAGAACAUGUUCAAGAUGAACAUUGCUAAAAUUAAUAAUAAUAGUUAUAAUUUUUUACUUUGUUGGCAUUAUCGUUUGGGUCAUGUUAAUUUUCACAAAUUAAAUGAUAUGAUGAAUCUUGAUUUAAUUCCAACGACUUCUAAAAAACAUGAAUCUUGCACUACUUGUAUGUCAACUAAGAACAGACAAUCUUUUCUUAGAGUAGAAAGAAAUUCUAAAAUAUUAGAAUUGAGUCAUUCUGAUGUUUGUGAUUUACAUGGUUGGCCUACCAUAGGUGGCAAAAAAUAUUUUGUGACAUUUAUUGAUGAUUGCACUCGAUAUUGUUAUAUUUAUAUAAUGCAUUCUAAAGAUGAAGUUUUAGGAAAAUUUAAGAUUUUUAAAACUGAAGUAGAACUUCAAUGUGAAACUGUUAUUAAAUGUUUGAGGUCAUAUAGAGGAGAUGAAUACUAUGAUCUAAAAUAUUUUGAGUCUAUUGGCAUAAUUCAUCAAAUAACUGCUCUUUAUUCCCCACAACAAAAUGGUAUAGCCAAAAGAAAAAAUAGGGUGUUAAAAGAAAUGACAAAUGCUUUGUUAUCUUACUCUGGUUUAACAAGUGGAUAUUGGGGUGAUGCAUUGCUAACUGCAUGCUAUAUAUUAAAUAUAGUUCCUAAUAAAAGGAACAAGAUAACCCCAUAUGAACUUUGGAAGAAAAGGAAACCAAAUCUUGACUAUUUUAAAGUUUGGGGUUGUAGGGCAAUAGUUAAAAUUUCGGAACCCAAAAGGAAGAAAAUUGGUGAAAAAGGAAUUGAAUGUAUCUUCCUAGGAUAUGCUAAAAAUAGUAAAGCAUAUCGGUUCUUGGUAAUUGAACCAAAUGAUUCUUAUCCUAUAUAUACAGUUAUUGAAUCAAGAGAUGCCAUUUUCCAAGAAAAUAGAUUUAAUUCUAUUCCUAGGCCAAAGGACAUGUUAUAUUCAAAUAACAAAUGUAAUAUAGGGGAUAAUGUUUCUACUAAUGAUACAUUAGAAGAAGUAGAACCUAGAAGGACUAAAAGGAUUAGGAGGGCAAAAAUAUAUGGCCCAGAUUUCUUCAUGUUCCUUAUUGAAGGAACAAGUGAAAGAAUUCAAAGUCUUGCACCUAUUUGUUUUAAUAUAGAAGGUGAUCCUAAAACAUUUGAAGAGGCUAUGAAAUCUCAAGAUGCAACCUUUUGGAAAGAAGCAAUACAAGAUGAAAUGGACUCAAUAAUAGGGAAUAAAACAUGGAAACUAGUUGACCUCCCACCUGAUUCUAAACCAAUUGGUUGUAAAUCGAUUUUCAAGAAGAAAAUAAAAGUAGAUGGAACCAUUGAUAAAUUUAAAGCAAGAUUAGUUGCUAAGGGGUUUACACAAAAGGAAGGAAUAGAUUAUUUUGACACAUAUACACCUAUUGCAAGAAUUACUACUAUUGGAGUGCUUAUGGCAAUUGCUUCAAUAUACAAUCUUGUAAUACAUCAAAUGGAUGUUAAAACAGCCUUCCUUAAUGGAGAAUUGGAAGAAGUGUAUAUGAAACAACCGGAAGGGUUUGUUGUUCCUGGUCAAGAACACAAAGUGUGUAAAUUAAUUAAGUCUCUUUAUGGACUUAAGCAAGCCCCUAAACAAUGGCAUCAAUUUGUUGAAUUGAUUCUAGCAAAUGGGUUUAAAAUUAAUGAAUCCAAUAAAUGUGUCUAUAAUAAGUUUAAUUACGGAAAAUGUGUCAUAAUUUGCUUAUAUGUAGAUGACAUGUUAAUAUUUGGCACUGAUAUCAAUGAAGUUAUGAAAACAAAGAAAUUCUUGUCUAACAACUUUGACAUGAAAGAUAUGGGAGAAGCGAAUGUCAUUCUAGGCAUUAAAAUAAUUAAGGAUAAUAAUUAUCUUAGUAUGUCCCAAGCUCAUUACAUUGAGAAAAUAUUAAAGAAGUUUGAUUAUUUUAAUUGUUGUCUUGUUUCUACACCAUCUGAUUUUAGUAUCAAGUUGGAACAAAAUAAAGGUUGUCCUGUGAAACAACUAGAAUAUGCUAAAAUAAUUGGAUGCUUGAUGUAUGCCAUGACAUGUACAAGACCAGAUAUAGCUUAUGCUGUAGGAAGGUUAAGUAGAUACACAAGCAAUCCAAGUAAAGACCACUAG